UGGCAACACAUUCAUGGCCUGUUUGGAUACGACUGACCAAAAACCCGAGUGUGUGGCGACCAAGUCUUUGAUUGCCAGCAAACGUUUGACAUACGAUGCAGUGAUCACGGCAGCGUGCAAGCCGGCCAGACAUUCGAAGACUGUCUCAAACAGAGAGAUGCAGACACCAACUGUGCCAGCCACCGCUCUGUCAUCGACAACAUGAGAAAACUCUACACCCAGGAGAUCUCACAGAAAGGAUGCUCCUCCCCCACAGUGGUGGCGUGUGUCCAGGGAAUGGAGAACUGCUCCAGCGUCUACAACGUCAAAGAGGCCAAAAUGACGUCAUCCAAGGAGUGCAGUGACGCGACGGCCUUUGUGGGAUGCUUGUACAAACUAACAUGUACAGCGGCGUAUCGGAAUCAGAUGAACCAACUCUUCAACAUAAUCAGAGCCAUGAUCAAAGCCACAAAAAGCGACUGCAAUCCUUUCGGGGGUGUUUCUGCGGUGACGUCAUCCGUGGCCUGCCUGGUGUGUGGGGUCUUCCUCUCCGUCUUCUCUGUCUUCCGGUUCUGAGACGGACCGACCGGAUGCUCGCCUCUGCCUUCCAGAAAGUUCUGAUGUAGAAACACAAAGGGUUAUCUAGUGGGAGGGGUUUGCAGUACGCAAAACAAAGUGCUUUAUGGGAAAUUUUGUUUAUGAUUUGUCAAGUAAAACGAUCGAGUUUGAAGGUUUUACAGUAAUCAAAACUACAAUCUUUAUGUGAAAAUUUAAUGAUUUGAUGUUGACAAAGCAAGAGCUCUCUGGCAUGGAGGGUUUACUGUACGCAAAACAACAUGCUUUAUGAGAAAAUUGUAUGAUUUGAUGAAGACAAACAACGUGCUUUAUGUGAAAUUUUUAUGAUUCUUGUCAUGUCAAUUUGUGAAUCGAUCGAGUUUCAAGGGUCGACAGUAUACAAAACAACGUGCUUUAUGUGAAAUGUGCAUGAUUUGUCAAGUAAAACGAUCAAGUUUGAAGGGUUUACAGCACGCAAAAUUACAUGCCUUAGGUAAAAUUUGUAUGAGUUGUCCUGUAAAACUGUAUGGCUGUGUGGCUUUUGGCUUCAGUUCGGUGAGAUAGAAACCAUGAAAUGAUAUUAUGUUGGAAAUUGUAAUAAAAGGAUUAUUUCUUACUU